GCCACAGAGAGUGUUACGGAAUAGUUGGUUUCGUAGCAGCCAAAAAGCUAAAAGCUGAUCCUAACGUCAGUAAGUUUGCUAGCAAAUCACUAGUCACUAGUUCGAUACUAUUAGUUAGCUUUGUGUAUUUUAUUAAGCUGACUCGGCUAGUUAUUGCCUCCAAUCUCUUUUGAUUAAGAAAGAGCGAAAAUUGUGUACGAGUGAAGGCAAAACAGCGCGUUAGCACAGCGGCCGUCUCGACUCAUAGUGUGGUUGGCAUUCCGAUGGAUUUGGAUUGGAGUUAGUUGGAUGGAGCGCGUUUUUUGCCAGCAAGGUCAUAGAACAUGGCAAAAAGCGGCCAGCAACGGCUCAGCUUAGAGAAUGCGACGACCAGCAAUAGCCUGGCUUCGAUUCAUCACUAGUACUAGUAAGUACUAGAUAAAAGAUGGCAAACUUGGAAGUCAGUUUUAUGACUGUAAAGAUAGUGAAAGUGUUGUUGUUCUUCAUCUUCUUGCCGGUGUCGUGGGGGUCUCUGUGACGUACUGCCUAACUAUUGAAUGAUUCUAAAGACCUUUGACGAGCUGAUAACGCCUGACUCAAGUGAAGUGCUAUCUACUGCAAUUUUUUUUAUCGGGAAACUGUCUAGAGAAAUAGUGUUGCAAAAUUUGUCACUGAGAGUGAGUGACGAGUAUAUAGUAGUAGUAAUAAAAUGUUCAUAGCUUCCAAGGCUACUGCAAAGUAUUCGAAAAGACUUUCAAUCUCUCUAAAGUGCGCCAACAAAUGCUAUUAUUAAGUCAAGAUAGAGCCGAAAUCAAAAGAGACCGAAGUUCGCGAAUAGAUUGAUAUAGUUGCGGCUGACGCGGCGAUAAAUGUUUCGGCAAAAUUACAGAGUUAGCGAGCGUGAGUGAAAAGUAGAACAGCAACCGUUUUUAGGAUAAAUUAUGCAAGUUUAAUUAGUUGGAAAAGUGUCAAUAAGCAAUUCUAGUUUUGAACUGCGAACAGGUUCCGGUCAGCGAACAGGGACAUACGGCCAAGGCAGGAGGGAUUGUUUCUACAAGGCGGAAAGUGAGCCUAACAAUCGAACACACAACAAAGCGAAACUGGAGUGAACGUUUUCUGAAUAAUUAAUGGGACUUCUGAAGAAAUCAUAUUAAGUGUAUCGUGUAGUAAUCAGCGAACUACUUGCAGUAACUAUUAUCGAAAGCAUUCGUUCGUUUGCCAAGCUGAUUGCGUUACCUCGAAUAUUCUUAAGUGAAGCAUAAACCCGAUUACCCAGAGCUAGCAUGGGCAGACAAUGUUCAGCCUGUGAUUAAGUUGCAACAACAUAACUUUCUGCAUAAAUUUAUUGCACAAAAACGUUAAAUAGCACCUGGAGCUGAUUCGUCGUUGUCGACGUCGGUGCUAUACCUUGUGCACUUGUAACCUUUCUGUGUGCGCAAAGUUUCGAGGCGCAGCGACUUUAUAUCGACACGAUAUCGUCAGCUGGAAUUUACCACGGUAACAACAAUUACAACACAAUUGUGAGCAUCUGAUUUGGGGCUGAGAAUUAAUAGAUUACUGCAAGCGAAGAAUACCCUCGUACAAUAUUCGUCCUUGCAAGGUAACAAGAAAGGGCAAACGAAGGAAAAGCACUACAUUCACCAUAUCGUAAUUUGGAUGUUAAUAAGUUAUCAAUUCGUUUAGCCAGCGGAUCAGAUUAUUACGACAGUUUCGCUGAGUACCUUGAGAGAUCAACAACUCUAAGCGCCACCCGAAGUAGUUCCCAUUGUUAUCAUCUUUUUCGUAGAAUAAUAAAUGGGGAAAAUGUUACCGAUGAUGAGUAGUCGACAACAGCAGAUGUUCAGAACUUGUUUACGGUAGUCUCCACCAGUAUUGGCUAGAAACGAAGACAUCUCAUCGAAGAACUCUCAAGGCGGAUUAUGUAACGCUAUUCUUUGUGGAAUUCACUGGAAAACGCUGAAAUCGAAGCCGAAGCUGGAACAUUCCUACAAGCCCAGUACUGAAGUAGGCCCAUCUUCUCACACGGACUCGUCGCCCGUCAUCGCCUCUGGCCGCAAUACGUGAAAUCCCUCGCGCAACUUCCGCAUUUUUGCAGAAAAAGAAUUGGCAACAAUAGGAUUGUAAAAGAAAAACACUUCAAGGAUGGCAAAAACUGUUCUGAUUGUGGCAGCUUUGACUUUAACACUUAUGACUUUGCAUCACCCGACGACAUCAAAUCCAAUACCACGACGGGAUCUUAUCGAUGGAUCCGAAUUCCUAUCAUUAUUCAUCAACAGCGCCAGCAAGGGAAGUUCCACCAGAAAUUACAAAGACAUUGAUUCAAAUGAGAAUGUGAAUGCCAAAUUUGAUGAAAUUCUGAGUGAUACUACUCAGAAAUUCGAAAUAGAUGAAUCGAAUCAUCAUCCCGGUAAACCCGGAGAUAACAAUGAAUUUCCGAAAUUAGAUGAGGAACGAUCAACAACAAAUAAAGUGAUUACGAAAACUACGAAAAAUCACUCUCACGGUGACUCAGAGCGGAAACAAAUAGUCCAGUAUGUGACAUCUGGAAGUAAGGUUGUUUUUCUAGAAGAUUUGACUCCGUUUGACUCUAUCCAGAAGGAUCAGAACUCAAAUGAUGUGUCCACUGAAACGCAAAGUUCGGAGCAAACGACUAAGAUCUACAAUACAACAGAAAAAUCGGAUCAAGAUGCUUCUGAAAGUGAGCUAGAUGUAACUGAAAUUGACACUACUGUCUUACUUGACAAUGAAGGACAUUUUGACGAUGUCGAAGCAGAAAGAGGGGAUUUCGUAAGCCGGUCGCAUAAGGCUGAACUCUCGGUUGAUAUUUCUGAUCCUGUAACUCAUGGCAUUUCCGACUCAAUGAACAGUGGAUCGAAUUUUCAUCAAGCCCAUAAGAAACCUGAUUCUCGUAAUGACCAGAAUCAGAAAAGUAUAGUUCCUAUUCAAACAGUUAUUUACCAUGACAACUAUCAUAAAAGCAUGUCAGCCCAACCGAGAUCAGUAUCUUACACAUCUAUUUCACAGAACAUCGAUCAGCCGAACUCGUGGCCUAAUUCCGAAGCAUAUCAGGAGGCAAAAAAAAAUGUUAGCGAGGGUUUGCAGCCAAAGAACUAUCAAGAACCUGCUAAAGUCUACAGUGAGCCCGCAAAGGUUUACGGUGAGCCGGAAAAGGUUUAUAGUGAACCUGCAAAGGUUUAUUCUCAGCCUGCUCAAGUUUACAGCCAGCCAGCUAAGUUUUACUCAGAACCGGCCAAAGUUUAUUCGGAACCGGCAAAAGUCUACUCUGAACCUGCAAAGGUGUACAGUGAGCCAGCCAAAACAUAUUGGCCAACACCACUCACUACAACCGCUCCUAUGGCAACUACGACUACCCCGAGCAGUAUGACGAGGCGAACGACUCCAAGAAAAGUCAUUUUCAAUCUGGAUCGGCUUCCCUAUGAUCUAUUGAAUGCUCCGAAUAGUGACAGCAAACUUCUAGAGCCUACUUCUUCGCAUCAUCGCAAUAAUGGUAGCGUGCGGAGAAAUUCCACAGGAAGGCAUUUCGAAGAAGAUGAUGGAAGUUAUAGGCCGGAGCAUCAUGGAACGAUUAUGGUCACUCAGAGACCAAAGUACAGACCCACACAUUAUACUGAAAGCACGGAGGAAAUAUACACACCAACCCCUGAACAGAAUUAUGAGGUGGAAGAGUCAGUUAGUGUGAAGACGAACGGCAGAGCCCACGGCAUUCAACCUCCAUCGCCUUCUACUGUGAACCCGAAGGAAGACUCUAAAGUUGGUUAUGUGUUCGAAGGACGAAAUUACAGGAAGUACCGCGUGGAGGAGAAAACGGCUGACGGAUUUAUCGUUGGGGAGUAUGGAGUGGUGAGCCAUAACGACGGCAGUUUGCGAGGGGUCCGAUACACAGCGGACUCAAACAUAAACCCUAGCCUAAUACACGACGCACUUAUGAAAUUUUUAUCUUUAUAGAAAGGGGAAAAAUUUAGAUUUUUAGGAUGUAAUUGAUUGAUGUAACACUGCUGUAUGAUACUUUGUGAAUGUUGGUUAAGAUUCAAUAAACAUUAUAUUGAAUUGUAUGCACAAAAUGUAGAAUUGGUAAACUAAAACUCACAGGGUAGCAGGGGGAAAUCUUCUUCUUGCCACUUUUAUAAGAUUUCAGUUCAAUUAGAAUUUUGCUGAAGAUUGGAGGAUAAAUAUUGAAUUAGUUUCUUUUGUUCAUAAAUUCAUCGUCAUUUUACUUUUAAAUAAAUCAAGGGGAAAAAUUAGGAAUUAUCAAUCAAUUCUUGGGAAUUAGUGUCAAAGCUUAAUUAUCUGCAGAUGAUCUUCCAACGAACUUUGCACUGUAUCUAAAGCACGAUAGGUAUUUUAUUUAUUUGAAACGAAUAAAUGAAGGAAUUUCGUAUCUAGUAUAAACUAGACUAAUUAGCAUCAUUCCAAGAAUCGAAUUUAAACUAACAUGAAAGUAUUUAAGCAUAUGUAGUACGCUAAGUCAACUAUUCAUCAUUAUUCAAAUACCAGAAACAUUUUCUUUGUAACACAUGAAAUUCUUUUGAAAUGACCUUGACUUGUGAUAGUAGAAUUUAAUAACCUUAGCACUUUAUCAUUCUUUGUUCAGCUACUUAGAUGACAAUUAGUAGUAGCCAUUGGUUGCAACCAGACCGGUAUCUGGAGUACUGAUGCUGGUUGAUAUGAACGCAGGAAAGUUGCACUAAUUCGCCACAAGAUUGUUGUGAAUCUGGUUUCAACCAAUCGCUGCAAACUGGCUUGCUCAACUUUAGAUUGUUCCACUACCGCUUUUCGGAGCCUGGCCGGACCGCAGAUACGGUUCCAUUGCAUACAAGUACCGAAUCUCGUAUUGUCUAAGCAGCUGACAUAAGAAUAUGGAAUAAAAUAGAAAGCAACGGAUUAUUUUAUAGCGCUCAGAUUCAGAAGAACAAUUACUUGAAUAAAGUCAUAAAUGAUAAGUUGAAACCUCUUUAUUCACAAACAAUGAACAACAUAAUAAAAUAUUCUUAGUCCUAAGCUAGUUGUCUUCUGCAAAUAUUAAUGAAUUUUCAAUUAUUUUAGCAAAAUAUAAACCCUAUGAUAUUGGAAAAAACUAAUAAAGGCAACAUUCUAAAACUUGCA